CAAUAUUGUGAGCCAGCCAAACUUUAGUCUGAUUUCCAAAGGUCUCAGUCAGCAGGAAGCCACGAGAGAGAGAGAGAGAGAGAGAGAGGAAGAAAAUGAUGUAUGUCAUAACUGGGAUGUUGGCACAGAGGAGGAAGAAAAAGAGGUAGACUUUGGUCGGUCAGGACUUUGGCUUACCAAGAGAGGGAGGGAGAAGAAAUAUUUCCCCUCUCUCAUAGCGGAGAGCUAAAGGCAGGAUCACACAGAAUAUCGACAAAACAAGGAAUGGAAAUCAAACCGUCUGCUGUCUUCUAACGAACUGAAACGGAAAGCUUUCUCAUCUCUACAGAGUCUUUCUAAUAGAUUAGCCAACAUGGGUUGGGCACAUAUUGCUCCUGGAAUAAUCCUCUUGUUGGUCAAGCUUACAGGGACAUCCCUAUUCCUUGUUUUCAUUCCACAGAUCUUCCCUAGGGGAAACUUCAGCUUCAUUCCUGAGGAGAAUCAUACAGAACCGCUGACUACUACGAACCUGCCUGAAGUAAGAGUUACAAUUGCAACCACAGUCCUGAUUCCUCAGAAGCCUCCUACAUGGGAAAGAAACGGAGGGAGUGAAUAUUGGUUUACUGAAGCCAAGGAGGUUUGGUUCCACUGCCGAUAUGAUUGCAUGCAAUGGAGCUCGGACCUGGUGAUCAUCAAUGAUAGAAAAGAACUGGAGUUUAUUCAGAAGAAAACUACAAUGGGUGCUUAUUUCAUUGGACUGACAUAUGCAGUGGCUCAAAACAAAUGGCUAUGGACCGACGGCACAGAACUCAGGAAUAACCUCUUUGCUAUGAGACCAAAAGCGGAGGCAGAUGAAUGUGCAACUAUUGCAGCAGGAGAACUGAAACCAGUGUCAUGCCACCAAGAACACCUCUGUAUCUGUGAGAAGAAUCUUGAGUAGUUCAUCUGAAACAGCACCAUGCAGUGAUGUAACAAGGAAGAAGACAGAACCAUGGACUUUUAUUCUUGGACAUUCUCAGCUCUAUCUGGGAGAGCCUUCUCCAUGCAGAGAAGAUGCUAUAACCCUUCCCUCAGGUUGGGCUUCAAAGCAAUGAAUGGGAAAGCAUUAUGAUUUCCUAAUAACUAAAACUUCUUUAAACCUGUCUCCAAGUCCACACACUGAUGGGUGCUUUUCUAUUUUACAAUUUUGAACUGAUAAUAUCAGAAAUGUGUAAGCAGAACCAGAAUGGUUAUUUUGAAUCUUAGAGGCUUUGGCCUAGUGUUGUGUGCUCUGCAAUUCCUUUGAGCCAUGAAAAAUCCAAGAGUCCAGCAUAGGCCUAGCUUUUCUUUCUUUUGGAAUGAGGCAACUGGUGGUUUACUAAGCCUUUUGUGUGAAAUAUGGUUUAUUUAAACAUAGAUACAUAGAUACAGGUUGGGCAUAGAUAGCAGGUUCACAGUUUCUGAGGAACGUUGGAGGGCAUGUUACAGGUA